GAGAGCAGAGUUCAGGUCAUCGAUAGACGUAAAAUAAAUCCACACAGUGUGUGCAAAAUAUUUGAAACGAAAAAAAAGGGUUUUUGCGCAUCACACAGCACUUUUAUUUUUAGUUGCAAUAUCUACAAUCAUCAGAACAACGUAAAUUCGUAAACUGUUUCCAAAAAAAAUUAAAUAAAAACCAAACGUAGAGAAGGCGAAAAAAUUGUUCUCUUUGCAUUUUGUGUGGGAAAAAAGAUUAGAAUUCUAUAUCAAGGCGAAAUUUAAGCGCACAUCGAGGAAGGAAAAAUCAAAAAAAAAAAAAAACAAAGAAAAAUGUAUAAAACAAUCCGACAUGGUGAUAACAGUUUGCAAUACACAAUUUUACCGCAACAUGAUGGUGUUGAUGGCAAACAAAUGUUUGGCAUACACCAUCGACAUCGAAAACGAAGAUGACCAAUUUAUACGUUAUUGUUUAUGAUUAUCACAUUCAUUGCAAUCGCUGGUUUACUACUAUCAAAUAAAGAUGAUGUCGUACGUUUCAUAAACAAACACAAUAUCAAUUGGUUUGAACGGAAUUUAGUGCAUACACAAAUCAAUAAUAAUAAACAACAAACCAAAGAUACGCACAAUCAAAAUCAAAAUAACGUGAACAGUGGCAGCAGCGAUGCAUUGAAUACAGCAAAAGCAAGUAGCCAGAAAUUGAUAGCACUCGGUUAUGAUGGAGCACAUGAGAGAAAUGCCAUUGAUUUGAUGAAUAAAAAGAUGAUGGCGUCAUCAAAUAAGGCAUCAUUAACAGCAACUGCUGGAACAGGAACAAAUCGAGCAACAGUGAUAACCAAUCCACCGAUUUCUAGUGAAAAGAUUACCACACAGUACGCACCCGCAUGGAAAAAUCUUAUAAUCAAUAAAAUUGUUAACAGCAAUAACAAGGAAUUAGAUGCAAUGAAUUCGGAAGGCAAUGUAGAGACACGAUCAACAUCGAUGAACGCACAAAUUAAAGCCACCACUAGAGUAACACCGACUCUUGCAACACUUACUAUUACCACCACCACCAUCACAACUUUAGCACCUGUUCAACAUGAAAGCACAUUGGAGUGGGUACAUAAUGACAUUUCCGGAAAAAGUGAGCGACAUCGUGGCCGCAUGCAAGGCAUUGACGAAUCGAAUAAAAUAGCAGCAGCACCAACAGCAGCAACUCCAAAUGGUAAAGCCCCAUAUUGGUAUAUCGAUCCAUCAAUCGUUUAUAGGGCGAUGACAUCACCGAUUAAUCCAUCAGAUCAUUCAGCAUCAUUUAUAUUGGCAAGUUUACUAUUUGUCAUUUGUCUGUUCUUUUUCCUGUACUGCGUUAUGACCGACAAAUUCUGUUGCGGAUGCUGUUGCACACGUAAACGCGUUAAAAUCAAGACGGAAAAUGAAAUUCACGAGGUCAAUACUACAUUGCUGGCCAAUCAUGAUUACAAUAAUUCGUCCGAUGACGAUUAAAAUAUAAACAUUAAAUUAAAAAAAAAUGUUAUGAAUCACACACAAUCAGCACACGCUCAACAAAUCUCAUUUCAAUCUCUCGUAUCUAUCUUAGUCUAUUGAGAUGUGUCAUCGGUGUAUUUGAAAACCGCUGAAAAAAAACGUGCAUUCAUGUUAACAAAUGAAGUAGAUUGGAUAUUGCAUCCGCUUUCUAUAUAUCCUUCUUAUAUUAUAAGCAUUUUUAGCAUUUUAGGAUAUUUAAACAAACAGAAAAAGCUAUUAUGAAACAUGAAAUUGCCCAGAUUAUUAUGGACACGAUAUGUAUACAUAUAAUAAAUGCCUGCGCACAAGCUAUAUCACAUUUAUCAGAGAGUGAGCAGCAUUUAAUCAUUCAUUUUACCAAAAAAAAAAAAAAUUACAACAGUAAGAAACAACAAAACAACACAUAAACUAAAUGUACAAUAACAGUGUAUUAAACUUUACUUUUCGAAACAAUACAAACAAAAACAAAUAAAUAUUAUUAUGAUGACAAAAAAGAAGGCUCUGUAUAACCACAUUUACAUGUAUCUAAAGGCUUCGCAUUUAAACGUAACAAGCAAAUGCUUCAAGUAAGUGAUUUCCUUAAUGAUUCUUAUUGCAUUGUUUGCUUUCGCUCUAAAAUUACACCUCAAUUCGAUUGCACCGAACGAUUUGCUUGCUACGUCUAAAUCGGCCGUUGAGAAAAUGAAUUUAGAAUUGAAUAUGUAAAUUGAAUAAUAAUGUAAGCAAAUAAAUUGACUUAUUUGAAUGUGA